AAAAUUCCUAACCUAAAAAUAUUAUUUACAAUAUUACAACGUGGUGACCAGCCUGAUCACAACAGAACUGUAAUUUUCCUAAUUUAAUGACUGGUUAUGCUGUGAUGGUUUGGUUAUUAAGUGGUUAGUGUGGCAUCUAAUGGUAUUACUUUCAAAUUUCAAAUAACGUUAUAAUGUCUCCAAGGUUUAAUGUUACUGUUUUAAAUAAACAGGACCAAAACAGUGAUGACGAAGAAGUUGAUGACUUUGAAAGUGAUGAUGACGAUUGUGCUGAUGACUACGAUGAUAAUGAUGAUGAUGAGGAAAUAGAUGUCGAUGAAGAGCUAGAACAAGAUGGCUCCGAGAAAGAACGCAAAAGAAGAGCGACAAACAAUGAUGAGUCAGAACCGAAGAAGAAAAAGAAGAAGACGCCAGUCAGUCGAGCGCCACCAACAGUAGAAGAGAUGACGCGACUGAGAGAGACCGAGACACUUUUCCAUUCCAAUCUGUUUCGGAUGCAGAUUGAGGAGCUGUUGCGUCAAGUUAGAACUAAAAAGAGAGAAAGAAGAUUGGCUCGGAUCUGGCUGGAAUCAGUGAUUAAGCAGUUGUCACCAGCCAGUGAGAGUGUUCGGAAAUCAAAGGUGAAGUAUCCGUUGCCCGAUUUGCCCAAAGACGCUAAGGAGGCUGAAUUCAAGUUUGUACCGCCGGUAGAUGUCAGAGUGAUCGGCUCUUUCAAUUCAGCCAUCUGCAUUGGACCAGAGAUCGGCAUUGAUGUGGCCGUCGUAAUGCCUAAGUCGAUUUUCGGCAAGGAAGAUUACCUGAAUGGCCGUUACUUGCGCAAGCGCGCACGAUAUCUGUGCAGCUUGGCAGAAUGUCUGCUCACUAUCGAUUCGGUCGACACGCCUCGUUUCUGCCUACUCAGCAGUAAUCCACUGAAGCCGGUUUUGGCAUUUGGCCCCUCUGCUUCCGGGUCGACUGUUUCAGGUGGCGGUGAAACAUGGACGUCGAAGGUGACAGUUUAUCUGCAUGCUGUACCUGCGGAGGGAACUUUCAAAGCUAGUCGAUUCACGCCCGAGAAAAACAACGUGAGGAGUGGAUGGUGGAUGCCUCAACAGAAAAGCCCAGUUGACAGUCAAGGAGAGCUGAGUCUGACACCAACGCCCCACUAUAACUACAGUAUUGCUAGAGACAUUGCUAUGGAAGCCAAUGAAAACUUACAGAAGAGGAUCUAUGAAGAAAAUCCCAAUCUCAGAGAUGCUUUGCUACUACUCAAAGUCUGGUUGAGACAACGGAAGCUCGAUAGGAAGUGA